AUGGAAGCAUACGGUAUGACGGAGACUUUGGGAGCAGUGUUAACGCCAAACGUGAAUGGCCCCAGUGGCAGUUGCGGAAAGCCUACAAUUGGCUAUGAUAUAAAGCUUGUAGAUCCCGAUACUGGAUUGGAAAUAAAAGAACCGUACAAAAACGGUGAAUUGUUAGCGAAGGGCUUAUGUUUUACGGAAUAUUUGGGAAAUCCAGAAGAGACGAAAAAGGCAUUCACGGAAGAUGGCUAUGUCAAGAGCGGCGAUCUAUUAUACAGGGACGAGAGCGACAAUUACUUUUUUGUUGAGCGAAUAAAAUUGCUCAUCAAGUACCGCAAUGUUCACGUAGUUCCGUCAGAGCUAGAGGAACUAAUCCUACAACAUCAUGGAGUGUUGGACGUUUGUGUAACUAGCAUACCGCAUCCAGAAGACGGCCAGCAUCCAGUGGCGUGUGUCGUUCGAAAACCAGACUCUACCGUAACAGCACAGGAGAUAAAAGUAUUAGUUUGCAACCACCUGUCAAAGAAUAAGGAGUUACGUGGGGGAGUCGUGUUCGUCGAUAAAUUACCCAUGACCUCGUCGGGUAAAAUAGCGCAGGGAAAAUUAAAAGAAUUGGUGCUGAAUGCUCAUCGAGAAUAA